ACAUAAAGUUUAUUAUAGGAGUCGGUAUAAUCUUGUUUCAAUAUAAGCGCUCGCAGGUAGAGCUACGUUUUAGUUGAAACCUUACCUUUCGUGAAACACAUUGUCGUUCAGUGUCGAGCAGUUUUCAUUGCGUAUCUACCGUGAUUAUGACCUCUUAUACAGACAAGGGAAGGAAACCUGAAGACGGACGCUUCUUAGCUUUCGACCAUCUUACUUUCUGGGUGUCAAACGCAAAGCAGGCAGCCAGUUAUUACGUUACGAGGUUUGGCUUCGAGCCUUUGGCGUAUAGUGGAUUGGAGACUGGUUCAAGAAAAAUAGCUUCGUAUGCCGUCAGAUUGAAUAAGAUAGUCUUCGUAUUACAAGCCCAAUAUGAACCUGAAGAAUCAGACUUCGCGAACGAAGUGGCGUACCACGGUGACUUCGUGAAGGAUGUGGCGUUCCAGGUGGAAAACCUGGACUACAUCCUGGAGUACGCCAGGAAACAGGGAGCCGUGGUCGUGAGGGACUUGUGGCAGGAGGAGGAUGAGUUUGGAGUGGUCAGGAUGGCUACUGUUAAGACGUACGGAGACAACACGCACACUCUGGUGGACCGGUCCAAGUACCGCGGACCCUUCCUCCCAGGCUACCAGCUGUUGAACAGCGACCCCAUCAACAAAUUCCUGCCUAAAGUGGAGAUCAACUUCAUAGACCACGUGGUGGGCAACCAGCCUGACGGAGGCAUGGAGGAGGCGGCCUCCUGGUACGAGAGGUGUCUGCAGUUCCACAGAUUCUGGUCAGUGGACGACAAGCAGAUCUGUACGGAAUACUCAGCUCUACGGUCCAUUGUGAUGGCCAACUGGGAGGAGACGGUGAAGAUGCCAAUCAACGAGCCAGCGCCAGGCAAGAGGAAGAGUCAGAUCCAGGAGUAUGUGGAGUACCACGGCGGAGCUGGAGUGCAGCAUAUCGCUAUUAAUACUGAAGAUAUUAUUACUGCUAUUGAAAACCUCCGCGCCCGCGGUGUGGAAUUCCUCUCCAUACCUUCGAAAUACUACAAGCUGAUCCGAGAACGUCUCCAAAACAGUAAAGUGAGAGUCGCUGAGAGUAUAGACGAGUUGGAGAGGCUGAACAUCCUGAUAGACUAUGAUGAUGACGGCUACCUACUCCAGAUCUUCACCAAGAACACUCAAGACAGACCCACCCUUUUCCUUGAAGUUAUUCAGAGGAGAAAUCAUAAUGGAUUCGGAGCUGGUAACUUCAAGACACUGUUUGAAUCUAUUGAGUUGGAACAAGAGAAGCGUGGAAAUCUAUAAAUUGAUUACUUAAGGAAAUAUUCGCACCCUUAGAAUGAAAGUGACCGAAUACACAAACUGCAAGUUGUGGGAAAUGAGCCAGAAAGUCUCAGAAAAUUAUAGUAUUGAAUACAUUUUGGUAUAUCUCUUCCGUAUUCUAUGACAUACGCUUGAUUUUUACUAGAUUUAUGGAUUAGUUCUUUGGUUGUAGAGUAUAUUUUACAACGCCAGUUUAUGAUAAAAUUGAAUGCUACAGAAAUUUUGAGUUAAGUCACUUUCAUUCUAAGGAUGCGCAUAAUUAUAGCCUGCCAUAUUACAUGAAUAUAUAGAUUAUAUGGUAUACAAUAUGUUGAUAUAAAACAAAAUACUCAAGACUGGAAAUGUGCCCAGUAUAUGGCAAUAGGCUCACCACCUAUAACAUGGGACUUACAACAUAAAUUGUGAAAUGUGGGUGUACAUUGGCAUUAUGUGCCAUAAUGUGCACCUCUGCCUACCCCUUCAGGGAUUAAAGGCGUGACGUUAUAAAAAAAGAAACAAAAUACUCAUUGCUUUGUGCCAUAAUUCAUAAAUAUGGUACUUUAGAUUCGGAUUUUUUAUACAUAUUGUAUCUAACAGACUUAGUAACUUAGUAACUUAUAGUGCUGAGAGAUAUGAAUCACUGGCAAAUAACCUUUCUUGUAGUUGUACCCACACCCUGCCUUCUGAGCCGGAACAUAAUACAUCUGUUCCACAUAUGGUUACCCGGCCAGGUACUGAUAAGAAUGCUUGUGUAUUCACUGACUCAAUAGGAGCGGGUAUUGGGUCUCUUAUUUCAAAUUGCCUCAAUUAUAAUUAUAGUAUGACCAAUUACUGUUAUAAUGACAUCAAAUUUUCACAGAUGAUACAAAAAAUAAAACAACAAUGUAUCACACAAAAUCAGCCUAUAGUGUUAUUGAUGGGUGAUAGUACUGGGGUUAAAAAGCGGGAUGUAUUGGAUGGUAUCGAAACCUUAUUGAAUUUAGAUAUAGGAAUGAGGGUAAUAUGUGCCUUCCCAUAUUCUGACACUUUGUCAGAAACACAAAACAAAAAUAUUCAUUACCUGAAUAAUUUAAUGUUCACAUUGACAUGUUGUCAUAAGGACAAAUUAUUGUUUUUCGACACUAACAAAUUUGUUAGUGGAUUUAAUUUGACAAAGGAAUAUAUUCAUAUUCCUAGGAAAUGUAAAGUAUUACUUGCUAGAUUGCUAGCAAAUAAUAUUAAUUUAGUUUUAGAUAAUUUAAGUGACAAAUCUAUAUUAUAUAGACAAUCUAAUAAUAUAGAGAUAAGUAGUAUAUAUAAUAGUACGAAGGAGACUCAUCAUUUGAUGGCAAAUGUGGGUGGCACUCCUGAUAAUAUUUUAAACUAAAUUCUAAGACAACAGAAGAUACCAAAUUAAAUUCUAUGAAUGUUACAUGCAUUGGAAAUGUAUCUUCUGGCAGUUUAAUUAAAUCUAAAUCUAAGAAAAUAGUACACAAUAAGAAUACACAAGAUAAUUUGUUACAAUUGUUUUAUCAAAAUAUGCAGGGCUUUUCAUCAAAAACUCUAGAAAUUGAAUUGUUUUUAGAAAAAUUUAAGUAUGAUAUUGUUUGUAUAACUGAACAUUGGCUGAAAAGUUAUCAAGUAGAAUCUAUUAAUUUUAAAAACUAUUGUGUUGGCAACUUUUUUUGCCGUCAAUCAAUGAUACAUGGUGGUAGCUUGAUCUUAGUGAAAGAGUCAGUGAAAUAUAAAGAAAGACAAGAUAUUACAUUACUAUCAGUAGAGCACACAAUAGAGUUGUCCUGUGUUGAGCUGGAUAGGCAUAUUGUAGUGUGUGUUUAUAGGCCUCCUAUUUUGCAGAAUCUUAGUAUUUUCAAUUCAGUAAUGGAAGAUGUACUACAGAAAACAUGUUCCAGUAGUAAACAUGUUAUAGUAUGUGGCGAUUUUAAUGUUGAUCUCCUGGAAAAGAACAAUAAUUGUACUAAUUUGUUGAGUCUCUUUAAAUCAUUUGAUUUGUCUAAUAUUUUCCUAGAGCCCACCCGAGUAACAUCCACCUCGGCGACAUGUAUAGAUAAUAUUUUUUGCAACUGUGAUUAUUUACAUAAGGACAUUGUAAAUAGAUUACCAUCUGAUCACAGUGGGCUGACAGUCAACUUUAACACUGUCACGACUGUACAAAAUAGGGAAAUUAUGUUCAGACAAUUCACAAAUAAAAAAAUUGAGUUAUUAAAUCACAACUUAAAAAAUGAAUUAGGCAACCAAAUACAUGCUAGUGAAUACCCGAGUGAGAUUUAUGACAACUUAUUAUCCAUUAUUAAAACACAGCAUGAUAAAUUGUUCCCUUUAAAACGUAAACACAUUCAAUGUAAGUUUGUUUUUUGUGACUGGGCUACACCAGGUAUUCGUAUAAGUAGGGAAAAGUUGUUUGAACUUUACGGCAUGAAACCAUUUAAUAGUAGUGAGGCUUUCCACAGUCAUGUCUCCAGGUACUCAAAAAUAUUUAAAUCGGUUUGUAAGCAUGCUAAAGCACUUCAUAUUAGCAGUAAAAUUAAGACCGCGGAAAACAAAAUAAAAACUACCUGGAAUAUAAUUAAUAACGAGACAGGUAGAAAUAAACCACGUAAUGUUGAAUUUAAUUUAAAUACUGAAAACGGACGCAUCAGUACAAAUUUAAAAGUUGCUCAGGAAUUCGAAAGUUUCUUUAAGAAUAUUCCGCUAAAAACUACGGAAGCAUUGAAAUCGUCUCCAUCUCUUUCUAUCGAGCUUCUUAAAAGUAAUGUUAAAGAAUGCACUUCUGAUUUCCGAUUUCAAUACACAAACCCACAAGCAGUCAUCAAAGCAUUUAAAGAUAUUAAAGUUAAGUCGACUGAAGAUCUCUGGGGAAUGUCGGUUAGGAUAUGUAGGUCUUUUAUAGAGACUAUAGCGCCUCAUCUAGCUUUAAUUUUUAACAAAAGUGUAGAUCAAGGAGUUUUUCCAAAUUUAAUGAAACAUAGUAAAGUAGUUCCAUUAUUUAAAUCCGGUGAUAGUGCAGAACCCAAUAACUAUAGGCCGGUCUCUAUUUUACCAGUACUCAGUAAAGUAUUUGAAAAACUGAUACUUACUCAGAUGCUGCGUCACUUUAACAUGAAUUCUAUCUUUCAUGAUCAACAAUACGGGUUUACCAAAGGACGCUCUACUACUGACGCGGGGGUUGCUCUGAUUAAACGGAUUUUCGCCUCGUGGGAAGAAGCUCAGGACGCUAUCGGAAUAUUUUGUGACCUUUCGAAGGCAUUUGACUGUGUUGAGCAUGGGACUUUGUUGCUGAAGCUAGAACACUACGGCAUUCGAGGGGUAUCGCUAAAUCUAUUAAAGUCAUACCUUCAGGAUAGGCAACUUAAAGUUCAAAUAAACAAAGUAAACUCACAUGGGGCUAGCGUAUCUAUGGGUGUACCUCAGGGAUCAAUACUAGGUCCAUUCCUAUUUUUGGCAUAUAUAAAUGACUUGCCCCAUUUAUUCAAAAAUGAACCUCAAAUGGUAUUAUUUGCUGAUGACACAUCACUAGUUUUUAAAAUAAACAGACGAACAAAUAAUUAUGACGACGUAAAUGAUGCUCUAAUGAAGGUUCAGAAUUGGUUUACAGUCAAUAACUUAGUCUUAAACGAUAAAAAGACAAAAUGUAUUAGAUUUGUUUUGCCAAAUGUUAAAAGUAAUAAAUGUGACAUAUUAUUGAAUCGUGAAAAAUUAGAAUUUGUAAAAGAGACUACUUUCCUGGGAAUCACCGUAGACGACAAAUUGCAAUGGGGUCCUCACAUUACAUCUCUAGCGGGACGAUUAAGCUCUGCAGCUUAUGCUGUCUGGAAAAUCCGACAGUUAACCGACAUAGACACGGCAAGACUAGUGUACUUCAGUUACUUCCAUAGCAUCAUGUCGUACGGCAUUUUACUGUGGGGACAGGCUGCUGACAUUGAGUCUAUUUUUAUUUUACAAAAGCGCGCCGUCAGAGCUAUCUACAAUCUUGGUCGUCGCGAAUCUCUCAGGGAAAAGUUUAAGGAGAUCAAUAUUAUGACCGUUCCAUGUCAAUUUAUCUAUGAAAACAUUAUGUAUGUUAGGAAAAAUCUAAACUUGUUUGACAAAGUGUCUGACAGACACAAUUAUGAAACUAGACAUAAGGAUAGAUUGAGCCAGCCAUUCUUUAGAUUGUCAAAAAUAAGUAAGUCGUUCAUGGGAUUCGGUGUUAAAUGUUAUAACAAAAUUCCAGAGGAAAUAAAACACCUAAAUGAAAGACAAUUUAAAUUAUGUAUUAAAAAAACGAUGUGUAGAUUGGCAUACUACAAAUUGAAUGAUUAUAUAGAGGAUAAAAAUGCUUGGAGGCAGGCUGGUCCAGCUCCACAGGGUAACGAAAAAAUAAAGUAAUUCCAAUAAUGUAAUAAUAAAACCAUGUUAUUUCAAUUUGUUCUGUUAAAUUAGAUACAAUCAUUGUAAAUGUGAGAGCCCUGUAAUUAGCUAAAACUGUAUUAGACUAGUAGAAUGCACUUGUGUCAGCUUGGAGUUGUCAUGCUCACUCAAAGGUCUCAUUGGCGGUGGCACGGGCAUUGGAUCGCUCGAUUCCCUGCAACAUGGUUGAGUUGGGCGGUGCUGGUGUACGUGUCAUGUUCGUGAACGGGCGCUGUCAACUGGGACUGGUCAGCUCCAGACUGCAUUAAGAUUGUUGUCCUCAGGGUUAUUUUCUUUUUCUAUCACUUUGACUAAAUAUUAGUUUUACAUUGUUCUCACAUAGUUGAAGCAAUCGAAACAAUGUAACCAUGAAUUGUAUUGUGAAUCUGAUUGGAAAAGAGUAACCUAUGGAGUUUCUUGCUCGUUCUUCUCCAUAGGAAUCUACACUUUGGAACGAGCAAAUAGCUUCACUAGAGGACUGACCGACAGACCGACGUUAUUAAUAUUAUUAUAUUUGCUUUGACGUUCAAAAGUGCCUUCCUGGUCUAAUUGAAAUAAAUAAUUUUGACUUUGACUUUGACUUUGACUUUGACUUUGACUUUGACUUUGACUUUGACUAACUUUAAAUGUAUCUUUAACUAAUUAUAAGUCGAACAUUGUUAAACAUUAAAAUGUAAUAUUAAUAGAAUGUGAUAAAUAUAAAAGUGACAGGGAAUCACUGGUGCGCGAAUUUAAUUUGAAUAUGAUGGAUGUUGGGCCUCUUUUAAAGAUUUUAGCAAAUCCUGUUUCGUCUGCUGCCAUCAACUUAUUUAAGGUGUUCACGCGUCAGUGAUAUUCUGAUACUUAUGCCCUAGUUUAUAAGGUAUGUAUUAUUGUAUGUAUUUCUUACUUAUGAAUCAACGGGGCUGGCAUGUUCUUAGAAUAAAAGCCCCUUAAAUAAAAGAUAAAAAAAAUAAAAAUAAAAUGUAAAUAAAAACCACA